AGGCCUUCCGCUUCCACUUCCACCGCCUCUUCUCAAUCUCACGACCACUUCUCUCUCUUCCGGUUAUCAUAGUUCGGGCGGCGACGAUGGCGGCCAACUAGGUUACAAGUGGCGCAUGGUCAUAGCAUAUGACGGCACUCGAUUUUCAGAUCUUCGCCGGAUUAGUUAGGACCAAAGGGUAUUCCAUGUCUAUGGUUUCUAGUGGAACCGAUUCACAUGGGUAUUAUCAUAUGGCUUUGCUCCCCACCUCUAAGUUUGUUAUUCGAAGAAAUAGAGCUAACAAGAAAGCCUUUAGAUUGUCAGCCAUCAAGAUCCCCUUAAUUUCUCCCUUCAGGCAUCGAGCCUCCCUGUGAAUCUUCAUCAAUUCCUCACUUAAUGGAUUGAGCCCUCUAUAAUGCGUCUCCAAGUAUCAGCCUUUUGAGAUGACAUGAAUCUGAGUAACCUAUCCCUCUGAUGAUGGUGUUCUCCACACUGUAGCUUCGAGUGCUAGUCUUGUGAGGUGGCACAUUGUGUUGCCACCACCUCUUCUUCCUGGAAUCAAUACUUAGUUGACACUUGUGUUACGACCAAGGCUUAACCGAUGGAACACUUCCCAAUUAUAGUCAUGUACUGCUUUCACCAUGUGGAGGUCAGGUCUUUAAUUAUGUUGCCUCCGGAAUGUUGAGUUCUCACGGAUCUUCAACUUACAGCUUAGGCUAAGGCAUAAUCUAGGUCUCUAGCUGCACCAGACUUCCAGGGACUUGUGCAUUUGAGGCAAUGGAUUUUGUCAAGGCUUUGGUUCUUCUCGAAGGAGCUUGGGUUCGAUGAGCCACAAAAAAGAGAGUCCAAUCGGAACAUGGGUCUUCUCAUUACUCACACUGAGUACCAACAUUGUUGCUCUAUCUGGUUGGCAGUAUCAACAGUUUACACCAACUGUACAAUGCAUUGUGGAGAAAGCUUUAAGUAAAAUAACAAAAUUAGAACGAAAAGAUCUCUGUUUAGUUGGAGCAAGUAGAACAGAUACUGGAGUUCAUGCUUGGGGCCAGGUGGCACACUUCGUUACGCCUUUUAACUACGACAGCUUGGAAAGCAUUCAUGCAGCACUAAAUGGUCUUCUUCCUUCAGAUAUACGAGUUAGAGAAAUUAGCCCUGCAGUGCCUGAAUUUCAUGCUCGCUUUUCUGCAAAAAGCAAGCUUUAUCACUACAAAAUCUAUAAUGAUACCUUCAUGGACCCAUUCCAGCGUCAUUAUGCUUACCAUAGUUUUUAUAAACUCAACUGCGAUGCCAUGAAGGAAGCAGCAAAGCAUUUCGUCGGCAAACACGACUUCUCCGCUUUUGUCAAUGCAUCACGCAAUGACCGAUCACCGAAUCCAGUGAAGAAUGUUUUCCGCGUUGACGUAACUGAAAUGGGGGCUCUUUUACAGGUUGAAGUUGAAGGCUCUGGAUUCUUAUACAGACAAGUGAGAAAUAUGGUUGCAUUAUUGCUGCAAAUUGGGAGGGAGGCAGUUCCUCCCUACGUUGUACCCAUGAUAUUGGCAAGUCGAGAUCGCAGGGAGCUGGCUAAGUUUGCAUUAUCAGCUCCACCUCAUGGUCUGUGUCUUGUAGGUGUCAAGUAUAAUGAAGAACACUUGCGGCUUCCGAACGGAUGCCCUGUGACUAGUUUUGGUAGGCAUCAUACUAUACGCAAAUGCAAGCUUCCAAAUUUGUAACGAAUUCAUUCGGGAAUUUAAAAAAAAAAAAUGGAAGUUUUGAAGUC